AUGAGUCAGACCGCUGAAUCAGUACAAAAAGCUGAUGCCUCAGAAGUUUCGAAGAAAAAGAAGGCUAGAAAGCGUUCAAAGAUAAAUAAUGGUGAUAUAGGACCAAUUUUGGAUGCUCUAGGGGACGACAUAACAAUUGCGUCGGAAAUGGAAACUGUGAAUAACAGAAGAAAUAGUCAGGCAACCGGAGCAAGAAAGAUUCCAGUUAUAAACAGUCAUGGUGACGGUGUACACAAAUUCCCUGAGAGUAACCUUGCUCCGAAUGUCUACCUUGAAAAUCGGAGUGGUUUUCGUGCCCAACCUUUAAAAGACUAUGAGAAGAACAUAAGCACUAAGCAACAGAAAGAAUCAAUUGCAAAACUGAAGUCACAGGAUAAGCAAAGACUGAUAAACAUGUCAAAUAAUCCAGGAUUGUAUUUUGUUGUUAAAAUCCAUGAAACAUUACAAAUGUUGUCAUUUACAUUAUUUGGUGUACUAGCUGGAGCAAGUUUAGUACACACUUUGUUUGUACAAGCAUUAGCUAAUGCAAUACAAAUCGGAAGUAGUACAAAUCAAUAUUAUUUACUCUUAAGACUUUAUGGUGCUUAUGCUCGACCGGUUUCAAUAACAUUUUAUGCAUCAUUAGCAGUAGUUGGAGUUUUUAUCUUCGGGAAAUUCGAUUUGGGAAGACCAACGAUAAACUGUAUACAAAAAUGUGUAAGACUACAGAAUGGUCUUAUGGCUAUCAUAUUCUACAUGCUUUGCUUUAUAAUUAAUAAUUCUAUGAGUUGGUUUGAUAAUGUUCUUCAUACAACUAGUUACAAAAGUGAUACUCAAAUAAACUAUCUACUGAAUACAGACAGUGAACUGAAUAGUUCCCUGAAAAUCUGGUUAAUACUUGAUGCUGGUCGCACAGCACUCAUUCUAAUCACAUGGAUAUCAGUCGGUUUGGGUGAUCCACUUUACGAUAGGCUAGUUAAGACGCUAAGCAGCAGUCCAACAGGAGAUGGAAGAAGAGAUGGCGAUAUGAAGAAUGAAGGUCAAAUAAGAUCGAAUACAGAAUGAUAUAAGUAAACACAAUCUAAUUAAACGGUGUCUUUGUAAUUUUCACUUUUCUCUAAAUCUCUUUGAGAAUUUUAAUAUUUUUUCUUCAGAUAUAAACUACUGAUUCAAUGAAUGUUUACUUCUAGAGGUGAUAGGAUCUUUAUCGCCAUUAAAGAGAUUUAAGCUUGAUUUCAGGAAUCUUAUAGCACAACCUGAAGAAUAUUAUCAGUUGGAAUAAUUCAUCAUUCGUUAAAAAUAUCAGAAAUUAGCACAUGUUUAUAUUUGCCUUGAUAUCGUGA